ACCCUGGGCGAGCUCGAAGACAUGGCGGACAAGGCGUUUCCCGAGAAGGACUUUCUGAAGAAUAGUGGCAAUGCAGUGCUGCGGCUGGAGGUGCUCUUCACUGGCCUACUCCCGAAUGCCGAUCUGAUCACUCGAGUCAAGAGCUGGAUAGGUGAUAUUGUUCGUGCAGCUGGAUUCUUCUCGCGUCGUGCGAAUCGCGUCAAUCCUGAGCUGCUCGUUACGGAAGUUCUGGCGGGUGAGUUGUCACACACUGACUGAAGGCGCUUUUCUGUCUGUCUUGCUGUCUGUGUACGCGAGUGUUUGUGGCAUUGAUCAAUCAAUCAAUCAGGUUUCGGAACAGUCGACAAGCCGAUACGCUUCAUCGUCGAACGACCUUACACAGGUCAACGCGAUACCGAACAGGAGCUGCGUGAAGCCCGUGCACUCCUUCGGCUGAACCCUCUCUACGCCGCCAUCUUCGUUUCGUGAUCUUCCCAAGUGCUGUGGAUCAGCUCACUCUAGCCAACUACAUUGCCCAGAUCGCUCACGCACUGCAGCUCCUCUGGCUCGGGGCGUUUGUCAAAGACGUCUUUGACAAAGCUGAAGGUGGGACAUUAACAGACGACCAUCUUCGGCCUAUCGGUGAC